AUGUACGAACGCCUCGUCACCGACACCGAUGCUGAAGCCCCCCUCUUGACAUACGAGGAGCGUGUUGUCGAGUUCGAGAUCGAAAAGUCGCUCAGGAUCAACUUUCUCAAGGCCGUGGACCUGAUCCGGGUCUCCCGGGCCCCCUCCGAGGUUGAUCCGGUUGAGCUCCGCACCGCAUACAACACCAUCAUCAACAGCGGCCUCUUCCAGCGAUACAUCCCGGAGAGCUUUUGGUCCUCCAACAAGACCGCCAAGUGCCCCAAGGAAGAAACCUCACAGAUCGAUCCGCACCCCCUUGGUAUGCCUCCAGAGUGCCUUCCCACAGGCCAGCCCUCCAGCUCAGAAUCACCGAGCGCCAUCAACACCCUCACCAGAGCGUCGGUAUCCAACGACAGCCUCCCGAAUGCCCCGAGCGCUUCGGGGGUCGAUACACCCGCAAAGCUCAGCGCCCUUCGCUCGGCGCAUCUUGAAACACAAGAUGCUGAUCAAAGUGACCAUCCCACACUCUCGUUCGAGGACGAAAGCCCUCACGACCGCAACAUGCGCCUCCUGGCCAUCCGGCUGUACCGAUCCAAGCUGGGCCAUAUGCUGAUGAACGUCGUCAGUCACAUGAACAGGACACACAGACGCAUGGUCAUUCUCUGGCUGAUCCUCCGAGGCAAAACCGAGCCGGGCUAG